AUGAAUGUACUACAAGGACUUCUUGAUGUAUUACAACUUGGUGAAAGGGAUGCUUCCAACAUUGGAAAACAAACAUUUCUACCAAAUUCCUUUAUAGGCGGCCCUAGAGAUAUGCGUCAACGUUACAUGGAUGCUAUUGCGUUGGUACAACAUUUUGGGAAACCUAAUCUAUUUAUAACCAUGACAUGUAACCCAUCUUGGAUGGAAAUAGAAGAACAUUUAUCAUCAAGUGAUGAGGAACAAAAUAGACCUGAUUUGAUUAGUCGAGUGUUUCAGGCCAAAAUAGAAGAGCUGAAAAUAGAUAUAUUAAAACGAAAUAUUUUUGGCAAAGUUGCUGCUUUUAUGUAUACUGUGGAAUUUCAGAAACGAGGCUUACCCCAUGCUCAUUUUCUUAUUAUAUUAAGUAAUGAGCACAAACUGUUGACAAUUGAGGCAUAUGAUGAUAUAAUUAAAGCAGAAUUGCCAGAUAAAGUUUGCUCUGACAUCAAAGUCGUGAAAUAUCUUUAUAAGUAUAUUUGUAAAAGACAUGACGAAAUUGAAUUCAGUGUGCAAAAUAAUGAUGCAAACAUAGAGAUAGAUGAAGUAAAAGAAUACCGGACUGCCAGAUGGGUAUCACCUCCAGAAGCCUUAUGGCAUCUCUUUGGUUUUUCCAUUAGUGAAAUGUCUCCAAGCGUUUAUCGUCUUCAGCUACAUCUUGAAGUCCAACAAUUUGUUUCCUUCAAGAGCAAUGUUGAUAUAAAUACGAUCGUAAACAAUCUGAUGAUCAAAAAAAUGAUGUUAACAGAAUUCUUCUAUAUGAACCAAACUGAUGAAGAUGCUAUAGAGCUGAAUUUACUGUACAAGGAAUUCCCUGAAUAUUUUGUGUGGUCCUCCAGUGACAAAUUCUGGGCACUUCGAAAACAACGCUCUGCUAUUGGUCGAAUCGUAACGUGUCAUCCAACAGAAGGUGAACGGUAUUAUCUCAGAUUACUACUAAUGCAUGUGCGUGGACCGAAAUCAUAUAACGAUCUUUUGACAGUAAACGGAGAAUCUUUUAGUACUUUCAGGGAGUCAAUGGAGAAAAGAGAAUUUUUACAUGUCUAUUGUAAUCCUACUAAUCCAAGACAAUUAUGGGAGCAAUUUGAAGAGUCGAUGACUGAAGACUAUAAAGUACUGCAAACUAAUGAAAGAAAACAAAUACGAUACCAAGCUUUGAAUCAUAUCAACGACAUUUUACAUUCGAUGGGCCACGAUGUGAAUGAGUAUGAACUCAUCCCAGAAACUAUCCGGCCUUCAACAACAACAAAAGAAGCAAAAGAAGUUCAUUUUGAAAAAUCUAUUACUGUAAGUGAAGAAGACAUGUUAUUACACACGAGAUUAAACAAGAAACAACUGACAACAUACAAUGUGAUUACUGAUAGAAUAUUUUCAAACAAAGCAGGCGCUUUCUUUGUCGAUGGUCCAGGAGGAACUGGAAAAACUUUUUUAUACCGUGCUUUAUUAGAAACUGUACGAUCUAUGGGAUAUAUAGCCUUGGCAACAGCUACUUCAGGUGUUGUUGCUUCUAUUCUCCCAGAUGGACGUAUUGCACACUCACACUUUAAAAUUUCUAUUAAUAUUGAUGAACAUUCCAGUUGUAACAUUAGCAAACAAAGUGCACUAGCAGGUUUAAUACUAGAUGAAAAAUUGAUUGUAUGGGAUGAAGUAUCUAUGGCAAAUAAAAGAAUGCUAGAAGUUUUUGAUUUUCUUCUAAAAGAUCUCAUGAAUACAAAUGUUUUAUUUGGUGGGAAAGUUGUUGUCUUAGGAGGUGACUUUAGACAAAUUCUUCCUGUUGUGCGAAAUGGAAAGAAAGAAGAUUUCAUCAAUGAAAGUUUGUUAUAUUCUAGAAUUUGGUAUGAACUUGAAAAAUUACAAUUGUCUGAGAAUAUGAGAGCAAAAAUAGAUCCUCCAUUUUGUGAUUAUUUGAUGAGAAUUGGAAAUGGAUAUGAACAAGCUAGCUCAACAAACAAGAUUAAAUUUUUUGAUUCUUUGGUUAUCCCUUUCACAACUGAAAGAGAAUCUUUAGAUAAGCUAUUUACAAUAACAUAUCCAGAUUUGAAUCUGUUCUACUCCAACACAUUUUGUACAAAUUCUCAUUAUCGCAAAUGGUGCUGGAUUUGUAGUUGCAUGUGGCUUUUGGGUGCAAAUUCAGCUACUACUGGUUUUAGAAUAUUGGAUAUGAAAGAUUCAUCUCUUCGGAAGAGUAAUACCAAGUCUCGCCCUACACAUUCGUGGUUUGAAAAAGAUAGCCUAUUUAUUUUGGAUGAGGAGGAGCAAGGUGAAAAGCAGCAGUGCGCUGUUGCUGCUUCAAAAAGUUCCCACAACUUCUCUUUUAUGCCAGAUAAUGAAGUCAUCAUGCGACACCAUAACAUUGCUUAG